UCCUGUUGCUGGCUAGUGCCUCUCGGCUCCCUCCGUCCUCGCUCGUCGUCUUCUCCUUCACACACUCUCCCGCAGAGUGGGACUCUUACGCCACCGAGACCCGUCCGUCGCUUUUGUGUCCUCCGUGUCGGUGGGAAGUCUACACUUGGCAUCAUGCUGACCCUGGUGGCGCUGGCGUCUCUCCUUGUCCUGGCCGCAGUGCCCGAGCCGUCCCAGGCCAUCGUGAUUUACACGGGCUGGGAGCGUCACGCACUGGUGGGCAGCGAGGUGCGGCUCUCCUGCUCCUUCUUCUCCUGGCGCUGGACCUCCGAGGACGUCACCUUCUCCUGGACCUACAGGCCCGACGGGGCCAGGGACAGCGUCUCGAUCUUCCACUACACGGGCGGGAUGGCCUACGUGGACAACAAGGGUCCCUUCAGGGACCGGCUGGAGUUUGUGGGGGACCCAAGCCGCCGCGACGGCUCCAUCGUGCUCAAGAAUUUGGAGUUCAGCGACAACGGGACCUUCACCUGCGACGCCAAGAACCCGCCCGACAUCGGCGGACGGCCCUCCAGCGUGCGCCUGCUGGUCUUUGAGAAAGUGCCCAUCCAGGCGGGCGUGAUCACGGGUUCCAUCGUGGGCGCCGUCCUGGGCCUGCUGCUCCUGAUUGUGGUCAUCUACUACCUGAUGCGCUUCCUGGUGGCGCGCCGCGUCUUCAGCCUCAACGUCAGCAAACACGGCAAGAAAAAGAAGGAGGGAUCACAGCAGAGACAGGCCCCUGCGCCAGCGGCCGACCCCGCCAAGCAGAAGGCCUCGGAGAAGAAGAAGCAGGAGUCCCGCAAGGAGCGCAAAUAGGAUACGGGGCGGGGCUGGGGCGCACUCUUUGGGCGGCUGCUCCGGCCCGGGCGGGGGGCGGGUGGCGGAAGGGACGCGGCGGCAGUGGAGGACGCCGCCGGCCGGGUGCUGAUGACCAUCGAUCUGGAGCUGACCCGCAAGAACGGCCAGGAAGGCCCGGGCGGCGCCUCCAAAGCGCCCGGCCUCCUUUCACGGCUCGCCCGGCAGCUCGCCCUCCGCUAAAGGGGCGGGGAUGGGGUGGGGGGUGCGUGGGCAACUGUGACUUGUGGUCGUCCCAGCAGCCUUGUUUUGACGCUGCCCCCCAACCCCCCCCCCCAUGAGCAUUAUCCUGCAUUCUGCACCCUCCCUUUUGCAAAUAUUUCAAAAUCAUCCUCUAACCACUGUCUCCUCUCUCUCACUCUCUCUCUCACCCCGCCCUUCUUCUUCUUCUCUUCUUAGAUAAAGGUCUGACUCCUCCGUGACGCCUCCUCCACCUCUCUAGUCUGCCCGACGCACCCCCCCCUCCUCUUUUUCCCUUAGUCGUCAUUACUUCCCAUUAUCUCUUCUCCUUUAAGGCAGUCUAUAAGAGGAAUAGACGCACCUCCAGGCCCCCCUCCUGCGUCCCCCCCCGCCGUCAGCGGUCGUGUCAAAUAAUUUUCUCACCGGAGUCCCUUUAUGCACUCACCGGGCGACGCGUAAAAAAAGUGUUUAAGGCCUAACGACGCUCAUAACCGGCGCCACAGGAUCCCGCCAGACGCCCCUCGGGCCGACCGGAGUCUCCUGAACCAUUUUUUUUUUUUUAUGACUCAAUCUGGCGUCAAGCAUGUGACCCAGCUCAGGGCAGCGUCGACAGUGAUAUCAUUCUUGUCCUUUUUAACAUCAAUUUGUCGUCGUAUAAUUCGGGUGGGUCAUCAUUUGAGGGGAAAUAAUUUCAUUUAUCAAAGAAAAAUCAGACUAGAUUCAUAUUUAUUUCUAGAAGAAAUGUUCAAUAUUUUUGGAUUAAAAGUUUACAGGAAUUAAAUUGUAUUUUUGGUGGGGAAAUUCCUAAUUAUAAUAAGAUAAUUUAGCAAAAACCAAGUGACCUUAUCAAUGAUUAGCCUGAUGACAACUUGGAUUGCGGCGGGGGUGUUUUUGUUGAAAAAACAGAAUCCUCAAAUAGUCCUAAUUUUGCAGAAAGUAUCUGACAACUAUUAUAUUAAACAAGACAUUUUUGUGAGAAAAAUACAGCCAAAUUAAAAGAAAAAUACCGUUGUCUAGGGUUAGGGGGCGCUACGUUGCCCUUCUCUGGCCCUUGAUGGCGCUUAAUGGCGUCUAUUUCUGGCCAUCUGCACUCGUAACAGCUGCGCAUUUCUCGGAGGAGUUAGCGGGUCGGUGUUGGGUGGUGGCGGGCGGGUAUGAUUUAGCGUCGGCCGCUUCGCCUGGCAGGCCGGCGACCGACGAGCGAGGAUGAUGUCAAGAGGCCGGAGGGCGGGCGGCGGACGGGACCUCCUUAAGAUAGAACCAUUUUUCCCUUCGCCAAACAUCUCGCUGCCAUCCCUCCUUUCCUCGUGUCCUCAUUGCGUCUUUGGCUUUUAUCUCCUUCCGCUUGACGUCCGGCGGCCGCGCACAAUCCACUACGCUCAUUAAGCCUGGUCUUAUCGGACUUGCGGCUCCCGUCCUCCUUCGCCUCCCUUCGCUUGCCCUUCAAAGAAGCCCGCCUUCCCUCCCUCCCUUCGCUCCCUCGGGGCGUAGGAAGCCAUGUGGUCCUCGCCUUUCCCGCUCUUUUUUUCCCCCGCACCCUCCCUCGUCUUUUGUCCAAAUGCCAAGACGCGCACCUCUGCCCCCGACUGGCAAAGGCAGGUUGCGUGUGCAAAGCCGCAUUUUCACCAAGAAGUCUUGUUCGGUUUGACUCCGUAUCCUUCGGCAGGCGAAUCCUGGUACGACUCGUGUUUCUGCGUCUAAAAUGAUUCGUAAUAGGACAAUUUUGUGAAGGACAAGCAUAUCUCUUUUUGAAAACGUGAACUUGUUAGAGGCCGCGUUGAGAUUUGAUUGGAUUCCCACGACUCGUGGCACCCGAUUCUACUUUUUAACAGCUCAGUCAAGCUCAGAGCGCCAUUUCCUCGGCAACUUUGGGCAGGCACCGCCUGCCAUGAAUAGCAGAAAAAGGAAAGGGAGAGUCGGCGGCCCCUUCAGGAACAUAUCAAGUGAUGUUUGUGUCGACCGAUCAGUAAAUGUGGUUGUUGGUGAGAAUGUGAAAAGUUGUGUCCUGUUCUGAAGCCCAACGAGGCGACUUGGUGAAACCCAGUUCUCUAAGUAUCAAAGCAACAAUUUUAGCAUGAGAACGCUAUGGGGGCGGAUGCGCAGUCUUGGCCAAGUCUCGGUUGAAGGUGGUCUUCAAAGGUGCUCCCCCGUCCUCCCAAAACCAAACAGCGAGCCAAGCGGCCGAUCGGCAGACGUCAAGCUUGGGGAUGGCUGAGACUUGAAUGUUCCCUUUGAAAAUGAUUGGGAAUGCUUAUAAUCUUAUUAAAAAGGCCUUGUAUGUUUUAUGAGCCGUAUUAGGAGCAAUGUAACAUUACUGCGUUUGAAUUGACUGGAGCUUCAUCUCAAGCUGUUGUUGUUUUUUUACACUUUAUUUAAUUUAACGCUUGUUGUCGCUCUAAUUGAACGUGUAAUAUGUUGUAAAAAGAACGUGAAUAAAACAUUUAAGCCCA